AUGAGUCACCAGCAGCUCUACUGGAGUCAACCACGGAAAUUCCACCAGGGUUCCUACUUUUGCCACGUGUGUUCAGACCGGCACAGUCUUGUCUGGAAAUACUGCCUCAAUAUGUGUGGCCAGUGCUUCCGCCAAUAUGGGCAGAAUAUAGGCUUUAUCAAGUUGGGCUAA